AUUUUGAAUAUUUUAAAGCAACCGAUUUCACACACAGGGGAGGAAGUAAGGGCAGAUCGAGCGUUUUUUAAUCACAUCUGUUAAUAUAGAGUGUGUACAUCGAUAGAUAGAUAGAUAGAUAGAUAGAUAGAUAGAUAGAUAGAUAGAUAGAUAGAUAGAUAGAUAAGUGAUGGUAUGGUGGUGUUCGUGAACAGUGAAGAAACACAACUGAGAGUCAACACGUGGUGUAAAUAUAGGAAUGAGCUGCGAACAGCGCAAUUGCUUAGGUUUGCUUAAAAAAAAACAACGAAAAAAAAAAAGGCUACAGUGCGCUGCGGCAGUUGUCAGGGGAUAUCGGAGAGCUGCACUCUGAUUGGCUGGAGGGGCCGUGUUGCCAUGGCGACGGUCGGGGGGGUACGGUAGCGUUGCUGUGCGGCGUGAUCUGUGUGCGCGCGGAUGGAGGAAGCAGCUGCUGAUCUUUUGACACAGUAGCUCCAGCAGAGAAACACACCGAGGCUGAGGAGUCCGAAACCCAACCACCUUAGCAUGCACGAAUACCCUCCGAGUUUGAUGGGUCCGAUAAUCGGGAUGUCUCCAGAUAAGAAAGCCGAAUCUCCAGGAUCUCAGGGUAUGUGCGGAGCAGGAACUCUCCCAGAAGCAGAAAGUGCUUCCAGCCCUCUCGCCACUAGUCUGGACAGGAUCGGUCCAUCCGGGGCCGUGAGCAGGUCUGGGCUUGAGUCCGAGGACGACGAGUUGACCAAUCUGAACUGGCUCCACGAGAACCUACUGCAGAACUUCACCCUGGGAGAUGCGCAGUCUUGCAACGGGCCUUUGCUCGACAUCGAGGGCAGUAUGGGCUCGCCACGUGGACACAGUCUGUCCUCGUCCUCCUCUUCUUCGGUCUCAUCUGGGAGUCCAGGCAGUGAACGGGAUCCCCUCAAAUCCAAACCUCCUUUUUCCUUCUCCCUUCUGAUCUACAUGGCUAUUGAACAGUCUCCCAGUAAAUCUCUUCCUGUAAAGGACAUCUACGGCUGGAUCCUGGAACACUUCCCGUACUUCUCCAGCGCUCCCACUGGCUGGAAGAACUCGGUGCGGCACAACCUGUCUCUGAACAAGUGUUUCCGCAGUGAGCGCGGCUUGGGGAAGGCCAAUGGGAAAGGCUCUCUGUGGUGUGUUCACCCUGAGUUCCGGCCCACGCUGAUGCAAGCCCUGAAGAAACAGCACUUCCCAAGCGCCCAGGCUUUCUGCACGCCACCUGCCUCUCCUCCCAGUGCCUCAUCUCCUCCUUGUCACCUGUUCUCCUUGGAGCAAGGCUACUCUCUAAAGGAAAGUGAUUUUGAUGCUGCCACUGCCAUGAUGCUGUUAAAGUCUGCCUCAGAGCAGAACAUUGACCCAUAUGAGCAAGAGGGUCCGAUUGAUCUUUCCCGGAGGGAUCUGGUGGUGGUAAGCCGGGAUCCCAAACAAGACCACAACUACAGCAGUGUCCCCGUACCUCCCUCUCUUCGGCAAACGACGGGUUCCAGUGUCGCCCCACACGGGCAACAAGAGAGAUCAGGCUGGGCAAAUGGUAGCCACCCUCCAUUAAAGAGGGCCAGACACGAUCCCAAGCCUGAGGUGGAUGAUGAGUUGAAAGAGGCAGCUGGCUCGCUCCUGCACCUAGCAGGCAUUCGCACCAGCCUCGGUGCCUCAAGACGCAAGAGCAGGAAGCUGGACAGGAAAUGAAGUCGGGCUUCUUAGCCAACUCACCUUUUAUUUCCCUUUACACCCCUCACUAUGUGACUCGUUCCUGUGGCCUGUCCCGGCCUCUCUCCUCUGGUUGAAGUUAAUUUGUUUGGAAUUAAUCCUUUGUUUUCUCAAAAUAUUCCAAUCAUCUCAUCCAACAGGCAAUACUAACACAAACACAGGAGAGAAAAGCCAUACUGAAGAUUUCUUUUGUUGUACAGAAAAGAUUAGCAGGAGGAAAAAACAAGCAAACAAAAUCUAAUUAUCCACCAACUUACAUUUCACAACUAAAACAGUUUGAGGGGAGAAAAAAAAAAAAAAAGAGAACUUUGAGGAGGGGCGGGGGAAAAAAAACUCAGAGGAGAUUUGCAUGCUUCCACCUCUUUAAAAAACAAAACAAAAAACACACAAAUGUAUAUAUCUUGAGAAUGAAUGCAUGACUUUCACAAGUGGCUUGGGCUUCAGCGUAAAGACGAAAAGUUAGAUAAGGGAAAAUUAAAAAAAAAAAAAUUAUAUAUAAAAGUGCCAUUGAUUUUGGAUCAUAAGACUUCAGUUCAGAAAUAUGAUACAAAGAUAAAUGCAAUAAUUAGUUGACCUAAAUACUUGUAGUUAUUUUAUUUUUGUACUGCUGUUUUUUGUAUUUCGUCUGGUCGAGAUGACGUGUCCCCUGGAGCCCCGUGCACUCGUAGCUAUGAUGUCAAACCCAUGUGACUUUCCUCUUCAUCCUGUUUGGAUCAGUGCCCUAACCCCAACCUCCCUGAGCAGUAUCAUUGUAGUGGAGAGAACAGCAUGAAAACAGAGCUGUGGUUCUUUGCGUUCACUUCAGUAUUUAUCUGACGAUCGAUUAUCUCUGUAGUAAGUGUAGUCCCGUGCCAUUACGUAUCCAGAAUUAAUUCCCACAUGCGUUUACACGUGUGUCACUUCAGCAUUUAAACAAGUAUAGGACACAAUGCGGUGAGGUGGAUUUAACCAAGAACUUUUUUUUCUCUCUCUUCAGCAGCCCGUUUCUGUAAGCAUCGUUAUUAUCCAUGUCUCAACUUCGAGCUGAUGUGAUAUGAGCGCUGAGAGAAGUCCGAGGGGCAGGGUUUAAAAAAAAAAAAAAAAACUUCUCAGUGGACAUUAGUAGGAGCUGUAUGUAUGCAUGCAUGGGGUUUGCGCUUCGAGCUUGGAUGUAGCACUCUGCUGCACAGAUGACCUCGAUAGAGUUGCUCUGGCUCAAGAGGAAACUGGAGACAAUGUGGACUCUGGAAGAAAAGUGGCUGUGGGAAGAAAGAAAGGAAAAAACACUUGCCUUUCUGCAGCUCUGUAAAUGAGGAAGUCAUGGGAACGGACCUACAGGAAGCUAAACUGAUGAAACAGGAAGCUGAUCUCCUCAGAGCCUGCUACUAGCAGGACCGGGUUUGGCGCAAGCACUGGACUUUUCAGACUCUUUCGAAACUCACACUUUGGCUUAUGUUUCCAUGAAACUGUCAGGGGUAUCACGGCCGUCUUUGCAACCCUCAUCGUUUUUUUUUUUGGUUCUUGCUUCAGGUCGAGUUCAAGUUUAACUGCCGAAAUAAUCGAAAUACCACUCAUCUCUCUAGUGAUGGAUAAAUUAAGCUCUAAUCGGGAGCGAUUGCACCUCGAGCAACUAACUAACAACAGAGCCUGUCGAACCAUGGUGCUAGUAAUCUGUCUAAUCUAUUCGGACACGUCACGUGUCCUCUCUGUGUGCGAGCUCACUCGUCCUGUGGUACCUGUGAAGCUGUUCAGCAAAUCACUGAUGUGAUCUCUUAACUCGUCCCUGUUUAAUCGCAUCACUUUAACUGUUGCCAUUGUGAAGUUGCUGCCCAAACACACUUUUUUGCCAAGGCUGCCAAUUUCCCCUCGAUUUGUACAUAGUGAUGACACAGGAUGCAAGUAUUACUAGAGGAGGUUUAGAGGAGAGCGACAGGGCUGUACUGUUGGAUUUUAAACCUUAUAAAGCAGCCAUGUGCUUCUCCCAAAACAGUAAUAUUGACUUCUGAAUAUCUGACCUCUCUCUCUAUCUCUCUGUGUGUGAUACAGCAUAGUGAUAAUUGUUUUAUUAUUAUUAUUAUUAUUAUUAUUAUUAUUAUUAUGAUGCUCCACUAAUUCAGAGCUGCCAAUCAGUUUGCUUGCAUUUGUCUGCCAUGUCUGUCUGACAGACUUCCAUCUUUUGGUUUUGUAAGCUAACCUCUGUUAAUAAAAUGUUUAUAAAGUUUAUUUUUGCCAAAGAUAUGCAAUUGUUGCAUUAUAUAUGGUAUUAAAAUAAAAAAGGGUUUCUUUUA